AUGGCGAUGCACGCCGGCAACCCGAUGGUGGGCGUCGCCACAGCGCAGGCGCCCCUCUCUUUGCACGCCGCGACGACCCGUCCGAAAGGCGCGCCCUCGAGUCACCGCUCUGGAUUUGCUUCCGCAGCUGCUGGGGCCGGCUCUGCAUUGGCCGCUGCGGCUGUCGCUGCCCACGGGACCACGCGAACUGCACGCCUGCGCAGCCGCUGCCGGUUGCAUGCCACGGCCACGAAGACCAAGACGAAGACGACGCUUCGGCCCAUUCCACAGGCAGCGCCUGCGCAGUCGGCUCCAGAGUGGCGAGAGAGGCAUUGGUUCCCAGUGGCCUCCACUUUGGAACUUGAUCCCAAGCGACCGACGCCCGUGCGCAUCGAUGGUUUGGAUCUCGUGGUCUGGCAGGUUCCCGGUGAGGAGGGCCACGAGAAUGGCGGCUGGAAGGUCAUGCUGGACUCCUGCGCGCACCGCCUGGCCCCUCUCUCCGAAGGAAGAAUCGAGCCGAAGACGGGGUGCCUCCAGUGCGCUUACCACGGCUGGGAGUUCAACUCCGAGGGCAGCUGCACCAAAAUCCCACAAGUGGAGGAGGCAGAGGCCGUCAAGAUGUGCGCGAACCCACGAUCUCGAGUGCGCUCUUUUCCCACCACGGUGGCACUGAAGCUCGUCUGGGUCUGGCUCGGAGAAUCGGAGCCCAAGGGCUCACCGGGAGAGCUGGUCACCGGUACGCAUCUGGACGAGAUGGAGAUCCUCGGCAGCUACACCCGGGACUUGCCCUACGGCUACGACAGCCUUCUGGAGAACCUCAUCGACGUGUCCCAUGUACCCUUUGCCCACCAUGGACUCCAAGGAACUCGAGAUGAUGCGAUUCCGAUCUCCAUGACCAUCCCAGACACCAAGGAGUCAACAGAGAUUGGAGACCUUCUGAACUUCACAUUCUGGGACCGGACCAUGGGCCUCAAGCGCGAGGCGAAUUUCUCACUGCGAUCGCCGUUCUUCUUCUUCUACCUCGGAGAGUUCCUGGGAGAGACCGACUCGAAAGAAGAGUACGAGAAGUUUGCCGCGCGGCGGGGCUCUGAUGCGGAUGGUAAGCGCCGCUUCCGCCUCAACGUCUGUUGCAUCCCCGUUGGGCCCGGCUGGUCCCGCCUGAUCCUAUUCGAUGCCGGCAUGCCAGGGCAAGGGGGAAUUCGUCGCCUUCUGCCAACAUGGCUCAUCCAUCUGCUCUCGAACCGUUUCUUGGAUUCUGACUUGGCCUUCCUCCACUACCAGGAGCGGAAGCUGCGCCAGGCUCCGUACUCGUCGCAAGACUGGUCGAACUCCUACUUCAUGCCAGGUGAAAGCGACCGGAGCAUCAGCGCCUGGCGUGCGUGGCUCGCGAAGGAGGGUGCACGCUGCGUGGAUCCGGAGAACCAGCUGCCUCCAUCUCCGAUGUCUCGGGAGGAACUGCUCAACCGCUGGGACCAGCACUCUGCACAUUGCAAGCAUUGCCGCGAGGCCUUCGAGUCCAUGGCGGUGUGGCAGCGCGGUUUCGGCCUAACUUUCGUGGCCGCCCUCGCGGCCGCGCAGACCUCGCUGCUGCCGGCGAUGCCGUGCCUCGGUGCCGAGGUCGUGUCGGUGGCUGGGCUGGCGGCCGUCGAGGCUCUGAAGCAGGAGUUCCGCUUCAAGGACUACGAGCACUACAAGACCUGA